AUGGCGUCUUCCAACCAUGUCACCCCCACCAACUGCAGCUGGUGGCCCAUAUCUGCCGUGGACGAGGAUGGCAAGCCGGCGGACGGAGAGGAGAGUCAUGAGCCUCCAGUGGAGCACAAGCCCUUCUCUAAAGAUCGGCUCGUUUUGUACCACUGGACGCAGUCCUUCAGCUCACAGAAGCAACUUCAUGUGCGUCUGGUGAUUAAUGAGAAGGGUCUGCUGUGUGAGGAACGGGAUGUGAGUCUACCUCUGACUGAGCACAAGGAGCCUUGGUUCAUGAGGCUCAACCUAGGAGAAGAGGUGCCUGUCUUCAUCCACGGAGAUCACAUUGUCAGCGACUAUAACCAAAUUAUUGAAUACUUAGAGGCCAACUUUGCAGGUGAUACAAUAGCCCAGCUUAUUCCAGAUGAAGGCAGUGAAAUGCAUGCCCGUGUGCAGCAGUAUCGAGAAUUGCUGGACGGCCUUCCCAUGGACGCCUACACACAUGGCUGCAUCCUCCACCCUGAACUCACCACUGACUCCAUGAUUCCAAAGUACGCCACUGCUGAAAUACGUAGACACUUGACCAAUGCAGCAACUGAACUGAUGAAGCUGGACCAUGAGGAGCCACAGCUGACAGAGCCAUACUUAUCUAAGCAGAAAAAACUCAUGGCAAAGAUCUUGGACCAUGAUAAUGUGAACUACCUGAAGAAGAUCCUCGCUGAGUUGGCAAUGGUACUAGAUCAAGUUGAAGCAGAACUUGAAAAGAGAAAGAUAGAAUACCAAGGUCAAAAAUGUGAGUUGUGGCUUUGUGGACCUGACUUUACGCUAGCUGAUAUAUGUCUCGGAGCCACUUUGCACAGGCUCAAGUUCUUGGGACUCUCAAAGAAAUACUGGGAGGACGGAAGCCGACCCAACCUCCGAUCGUUUUUCGAAGGAGUGCAGAAGCGCUACGCUUUUCGUAAGGUGUUGGGAGACAUCCACACUACUUUACUGUCAGCAGUUUUACCCAACGCAUUCCAAAUGGUAAAAAAGAAGCCUCCAUCCUUUUUCGGGGCCUCCUUCUUAAUGGGCUCCCUAGGUGGGAUGGGCUAUUUUGCGUAUUGGUUUUUAAAAAAGAAAUACAUGUAGUGAAUGUCUUCCUGUUGUGUUCUGUGUUCGUGUAUUUGUGUGAGGCUGCAACUUUUCUGUAACAGAUUUUUUGUGACAGUUGAAAUGAAGAUGCUGUGCAGAUAAAAAACAAUAUUA